AUCAAAUCAAGACCAUUCGUAAGAACAAGAAGAAUCUUCACUGUGAGCAAAUUACAAGUGCGAAAUACUAAAACCUCCAUAGUGCAGUCCAUAAGCGAAAUGAACAAUUCGAUACAAAACAUGUUGCCGGCCGGAGCACGGGUUGCAGUAGCUCCUACUUCGGACGACCACAAGCGGUCUCCAAAAAGAACCAAGCUGUACCGGACGAAACAGCCCGGAAAGGUAAGUAGUCCAGCGAUAAACUGUCUGCCAUCUACUUCCCUCAGCCGAGCGAAUGAGUGGAUCGACUUGCAAGUUCCCCCGGAGGAGCUCCGCCUGGAGCACACCUUACCCAUCGGCCAAACCUUUGGCUGGAAAGAGAUCACGCCGCCUGUCGUAAGAACAUCAUCGAGUGGAGGUGCUGCUGCUGCUGCUGCACCGGGGAAUAAACAGAAAAUGGCGAAAGUCGGUGGUGCCGCUGCUGCGGCAAAACAGAAGGCAAAGGUGGAAGAGGUGGAGGCAAAACAGAAGGCAAAAGCGAUGAAGCAGGCUGAUACAACAAUCCGGGUGGAGGAAAAUGAAGCAGCAAAACCCGCGGAACACGAUGCUGGGCGAGUAAAAGUUCCCGUCCUUCCGAACCAAACCUCCCGACAGUACCUCGGCGUGAUUGCCGGGUUUGGGGUCGUGCUGGAGAGUCUGCCAACCACGACACGAUUCAAGGUUUUAGCGGGAGGAGGAAAUCCUGCUCCCUGUUCCAGCGGAGAGGACCUACUUCGUGGUGCUGGUACUACUAGGGUGAAAACAAGCGCGGUGCAAGUAGAACUGAAGACGGAGACGCUACUAGAACCACCUCAGCACGGCGGCGGGGCAGUUGGACCUGCACCGCAGGGGCGGCCUGUUUUUGGUCUACGAGGAGUCGCGGGUGACGCAAAGAUUAACUUAAAUGGUGCUAAAAAUUCGUUACUUGCAAAUCAGAACGCAGGAGCUUCAUCCGGGAUAGUAUCAUCUGCGAGCGGAGACGAAGGGGUAUCACCCUCGGGUUUAGUUGCAAUCCACGGCGGGAAUAAACCUGUAAAACCGAAAAACCUACCCUCUUCCUCCUCCUCGUCCUGCGCACUGCUUUUCUACCCAGAACCACCACCACCACCACCAUCCGCGUUUGCAGAUGUAGCACAGCAGCACAACCAGCAGCCUCCGCAGGAAAAAAUAAGAACAAGCAAAGAACAUACAGCAGCUCCGACAACAUUUCUCCACGGCAAAAGGACGAAUCAAAACCACGCUCUCACCGCGGUCCGCCACUACUUCCGGCUGGACCACUCUUUGCCACUGAAAUCCCUUUACGACCUAUGGAGAGAAAAAAGUUUGUCACAGUCACUCACUUGCAGGCUUUGCAUGAAAAACUUUUUUAGCGUGGGAACUUUUUCUUGUAUUGCAGAAACACUAGGAAAAUCCCUGAUGAAGUUUGGCUGUGAUGCAUUUUUACGCAUGACAGAAAAUUUUGUAUUGCAAAAAUGCGCAUGAGCGAUCGUGGCGAGUUUUUUUUGUUUGAUGCGACCAGUGGAGCGCGGCCGACCCGUGGUUCCGGCAGGUUGCGCGGAAGCUGGUUGGCGUGAGGCUGUUGCGGCAGGACGUGUUUGAGACCAUGAUUUCUUUUCUCGUAUCCUGUGCAAAAGUAUCGUAUUCGUAUUGCAAUCAUGCAUUACAAAUCUUUUUCUUGAGGUAAAUCAGCAUUACAAAUUUUAUUUCUCAUGCUGAACAAAAAUGCAUCUAUACGAGUGCGAUACUUUUGCAAUGCAUAUAUCGUGUCACAGAACAACAACGUCGUGCGGAUCGCGCAAAUUCUGGGGCGGAUCCGCCGGGAGUACGGGCACAAGAUUGUAGAUCCAGCCACCGCCGUCGACGACUUUUACUCCUUUCCCACAGUUGCGGAAUUCGUGAAACACAACCCGUCGGAGCAGGAAUUUCGCGACUUAGGUCUGGGUAUGCAUUGCAAAUAUGUCUGGGUCUGGAAGACAGUAACUUGUGAUGCUAAGUGUACACGCUGUAAAAAUCUGUGUUGCAUGACUACCAACAAUUGUCCACUUUUGAUCAAGUUGCGAGGGAGUUUCUCAUGCAGGAUAGGCAUGAUAGAGGUCUCACAGAAUCCGUCAUGCUAGGUCCUGCAUGCCAGGCCUCAUGGGUCAUCGAAAAUCUGCAUGACAAGCUUUCACGCGGCUUCCAGACCCAGACAGAUUUGCAGUUGAUGCUGGGCUACCGGGCGAAGUACCUGCGGCAGAUUCUGGAGCAUUUGGUAUCAAAUGUAAAAAUGUCUGGGUCUGGAAGAAUGCAGAUUUUUGUCAUGCUGUUUUUGCAUGACACAAAAUGUCUGUCAUGGAAGCCCUAGCAUCACAGAUUUCGAAAAGCUUCCGCAUUGCUUAAUCCGCAUGACAAUGCCCCAUUUUGGUGACAGGAAAUGGGCACUUUUUGCCGCCUAUGCAUGAGAGAUUUGUCUGUGUUGUGAAAUGCGCAUCACAAGUUCGCACCCUUUCAGACCCAGACAUAUUUGCAAUGCAUAUUUGGCACGAAUUUACGAAUUGGAAGAGUUUUUGAAAACAAAUAAAACUACUGCCCCAGCAGUCACAGAGCCUACUUCUAAAACUACACGGACAUCAGCAGCGAAGGCCGCAGUUGCUGCGGCGAAGGGCGGCAAGACGGGAACAAAAUCUGCCGCAGGGGCGAUGAAAGUAGUGACUGGACAGACGAGCUCGAGGAAGGCGAUGGCAGUACUUCUGAAGAGCAAAGCCGCGAAGGCUAUCAAGUCGGCCAUGAAAGGAAACAAAGCAAAACCUCUGAAAGCCAUUCCGACGAGGAAGGGGGAGUCAACAGUGAAGAAAGCGAACAAAGGGAACAAGGGUCAAAAAAUAGCGAUGAAAAUAUUCAAGGCCAGUACAACACCAGUAGCUGCGAAGGACAAAAGGAAAACACCCGAAGAACUACAACCGAAGAUCCCCGACGUUCCGACCCUCCGUUUGGAAGCUUUCUCCGACCUCUCGACGGACAAAGUGGUCGAAGAGCUGAUGCUAUCAACGGCAAAAAUGUCUGGGUCUGGAAACUUGUGAUGCAAGUCCGUGAACAAUAAGUGCUCUGUAAUGCGCCGCCAAGCAUGACAAGUUUUUUCGUGCUUCUGUGAUGCGUAUUUCGCAUGAGACACUGCGCUUGUGCAUGACAGGCAAGAGGACCUCUUGGUGGCCGCGCAAUACAGAGUGCAGAGUCAUGCCAGACUAGCAUGACAAUCUUCCAGACCCAGACAUUUUUGUAUUUGAUAAAUGCGUUACCCGGGCAUUGGCCACAAGGUCGCGGACUGCAUCGCUCUGUUCAGCUGUGAUAUGCAAGAAAAAAACUGUGUAAGUGUAAAUUUGUGAUGCGCAACAUGCAAGAUGAUUGCGCGUCUGUCAUGCUUGGCAUGCAUUGUAGGGCCCGUUAAAGGGCGAUUCCGAUUUCACGUACUAUGUGCGCAAGACAGGUUUUUGCUGUCAUGCCAGACAAAUUUGUAAUGCUGUUCCUCCGAAAAAAUUACACCUACAACGUUUUUUUCUUGGAUAUGUGAUUGCUUGGAUUUAGUUCCGGUGGACACGCACGUGUGGCAGAUCGCGAAGCAGCGGUAUUUGCCAAAGGUGAAACCAAUGAAGGUCGUUGGGACCGCUAGCAAAGCUACUGCAAGAACAUCCAAAGCUACGGGAGCUGGAAAUAAAAAGGUACUAGCCAGUAAAAACGGCAAGAAGUCGCAAAUGACAGAAGAUCCGAA